AUGAGCCCAACUGUACCAACGGGCAACAGUAAAGAGAGGAUGAGGCCGAGAGUGGAGGAGGGUGUAGAAGAGAAAUGGAAAAAGAAGGACGAGGAAGAGGAGGAAGAGGCUUUGCUGGCCCAACUUGGCGACAGCGCAAGUGUAGUGCUGGACAAGCUGACGAGCGGCAGGACAACGAGUCAACCAAGCUUCACGUCACGAGCCUCUUGGCGACUACCGCAUCCGGUUCGUAGACCAUCGAGGCCGUCCAGGAUUUGUGGUACCACCGAGAAGGCCCCGACAGAGCCCACUCUGUUUGCUUCGUCUCCGGCCUCGACAGACCCACUUCCCUCCUCCUCCUCCUCCCACUCGUGCUGCUCAUCCUCUGCCGCCUCUUCUCUCGCACCCGAGGCCGGACUCGUCAGUCUCCGAGCCGCUGGCGUCGGGGGCGUGGACGCCUUUUUCAGCCUCACCAUUGGCAGACCGUCCGGGGCCGUGUUUUGUCCCCCGAACAGGUACCCCUUUGCGUUGGAGCCCUCGGCCACCCGGUCCAUCGGGUAG